UAUGAUUAAAACUGAUAUAGUGAUCUAGCUCUUUGCCAAUGAAUAGAUAUAAUACGGACAUUACUUGACAAUUUACUGUUAAGCCAAAGAAAGCAAAAUUUGUCAAUAGUGGUAUAAACACUUUAGUAUCAAAAUACAUUAAACUAUUUUAUUUAAGGAUUACACGUUCGGCAAAUAAAUGUAGCUUCUUCAAGUCAUCUGAUCAAAUAAAUGUAACAACCUGUGGAGCGAUGAUACUCGACGUAAAGGGAACGUAAUAGGAAUUGUUUAAAUAAAUUAUGGCCUGCAAACAUGCUUUCUGAGUUGACAGAAAAUAAGUAAGUGGUACGAGACUUCCUAUUGUCAUUACAUGAACAUUAGAAGAGGAAAAACGAAGCAUUUGUUUCAUUUCUGGUAAUACCACGCGGGUAAAUUUGUAUAGCCGGCAGUCAUCUGUAUUUAAAACCUAAAUCGAAAAUGAAAUUAAUAUUGAAGUUUGAAAGUGAGAUGGUCUGUUAAAGCCAUGCAGCCAGUUUAUAAAGUUGCUCUAUAUGAUUAAUGGUUGCAAAGCAAAAAAAGCAUGCGAACAUUUAGUGUGGAUAUUAAUGUACGAACAAUAUAAAAUACGUUACAGUAUAAGACAGUUCGAUCUCGGAGUUUUAAGAUAAGCAGCGGUUAAACGUGAGGUGUGUUCUGGAACAUUGUUCACGAUGUCGGUUGCCGUGGCGAUACCUCCGAUGUCCAAGCAGAUGACAAAGAUGCCGGAACAUGCUAAUGGACAGAAGAAACUGCCUAGGCCAAUCGUGUUCUGGAGCGUAAACGAGAAGACGGCCUAUCGCCGGAACCGCGUGGUACAGACGCGCAUGAACAUGGUGAUGGACGACAUCGCCACCCAGCGGGAAACAUCCCGCAAAACCAUCCGCUAUGAGGCGCAUAAGUUCCGUCAGAAAAACAGCCGCCACUACAACCACCCGUUAGGCACAUCUCUCGAGACGCAGGCUUCCGGUGUGAAUAUCGCGCCGCCGAACUGGAGACGGCCACAGGAGCGCCAGGCGGCGAGCGUCCGGAAGUCAAAGAAGGCUGAUAGUGAUGAUGAAUCCACUUCCGGUGACGAUGACGAUGACGAAGAUGUUUCUCCGAUAAAAUGCGGGAUAAUUACAAGAGCUAAGAAGCCAACUGUGAAGUUUUCGCAGUGUAAGGUAGUUCGAUUAGAAAAUAAUUUGAAAAUUGACGAUUUGGAUAACAUUCGUCUUGACUUUAACGAGAGCGCUGACUGCAACCGGAAUUCGAAGGCAAACAUGGUAAGGAGCGUGUCAGCUGUCCAACAAAGGAAAAUACCGGAUCUUCCGGGGCAACAACGAAACUUCAGCGCGCUUCCCGCCGUGAGAACACAGCGCUGUAAUCAUGGUAAUAGUAAGGGACAAUGCAAUGGACGCUCAGGGUUUCUCAGUAGGGAAUGUACGUGUGAUAACAUGGACAACAUGGAGAAUGGAACUAACAGAGGAACUUCAUCGUACGAGAGAAGAUCAGAGACUUAUUUUGAUAAAUCGAAGGCUGCUUACCAACUGAGGCAAGAUCUAAGACGGAGAGCGAAAAUGCGGAAACAGGGGAUAAAGUCAACAGUUUUUACUUUGAAAGAUGCUCUAAAUCUAGAAAAGGAAAACUUUAUAAAAAGUAAUGAAAAGGUGGUAGAUUAUCUUACCAGGAUUGAGGCCAUGAAGAGAGCUGAGAUGGUCGUGGUAAAUAAAUGGACCCGAGAUGCAAUAGUUCAGCAACUUAACAUUUAAACGUACAUGGAAUAUCAUCAUGUGACAGAAAUAAGACAACGCUGUUAAAGAUUGCUAAUAAUAUCACUCACUUCGUUUGUU